AUGCACAAUACAAGAAAACUUGCAGAACGGGCUGCGCAUCUUCUCCGCGGUCAUCUACACAUCCUUGUCUUCUUAUUGGGCAUCAUUGGAAAACAUAGUCUGGUCAUUUUCAUCACCGGUUUCCGUAUGAACAAGAUGGUCAACACUAUCUGGUUCCUCAACUUGGCCAUUUCUGAUUUCAUCUUAAUUUCCUUGCUGCCCCUGAGCAUUACCCACCUAGCUCUCAACUAUUGCUGGCCUUUCAGGGAGGCCUUGUGCACAAUCAACAGUGCUGUGACCUUCGUCAACCUACAUGCAAGCGUCUACUUCCUCACGGUCAUUAGCGUAGACCAUUGUACUCCUGUUGUAUUCCCUGUGUGGGCUCGGAAUCACUGGACCCCCCGCUGGGCUUCUUUUGUGGCUUUGGGUGUUUGGAUUCUGACUCUGACCCUGGGCUUUCCAAAGCUCCAUUUCAGGAAGGUCACAAAUGAGUCCUGCUGCAUUAAGGGAUUCAGCGGUGAUGAGGAAGAAGCAAAAAUCAUCCAGGUGAUCAGCCAGUUCAUCUUAAGCUUUGCCAUCCCGUUAAGCGUCACCACUGUAUGCUACAUGGCGAUUGUUCUGAGGCUGAGGAGAGAUCGCUUAACCCCGUCAAGUAAGCCCUUCAAGGUCAUCACCGUUGCCUUUUUCAUCUGUUGGUUCCCUUGCCAACUCUUUGUUCUCCUUGAGUCAGGCAGCAAAGGCUCCAAGAUGUUUUGGGUAUUCAAAAAUUUUUACCCGUUAACGUACAGUUUGGUCUUCAUUAACAGCUGCCUCAACCCCAUCCUGUAUGUAUUAAUGGGGCAUGAUGUUCAGAUGGGGCUGAAAUGCUCCAUCCUCACAAUGUUUCUAAAUGCCUUGUCUGAAGAGACCAGCCAGAGCACCAAGCAAGGAAGGGUGACUGAUACGAGCCAUAGCAGUAUGAAUAUUUCCAGGCUAGACGUUUUAUCACCAACUGCAGAGAGACAGAAGGGAGUAAUGGACAUGAAUGGAUAA